UGAAUCAAUCGUUCCCGCCAAUAGAUGAUAAGCAGCAGCAACGAAGAAAAUACGUCUCUUCUCUGCUUAUCUCAGGCAACAAUUGAGCACCAAUUCAUAUGAUCAAUAUCCCUAUGAUCCCAGCGCUGAGGGGUUGCUUCAGAUCGACCCAGACCAGUUCACUCUUUCAUGCUACCGCCACAGAAAUUGAUCCCUCAAUCUCUCUCCUCAAACUGCUUGAACUCUCAAUCGAAACCCAAUCGCUGAAACUCACCUCUCAAUCCCACGCCAGAACUCAGCGCCUGGGCCUCACGCAGCAUUCCCUCAUCGCGCAGAAGCUCAUCUUCUCGUAUUGUCAAUUCAGACGCCCAUUUGAUGGGCAAUCGGUUUUCGACUCGCUCUUGUUCAAGAACACGCAUGUCUGCAACACUCUGCUUAGUGGUUAUGGGAAAAACAAGAUGUUUCGAGAAAGUUUGGAUGUUUUCAGGAAAAUGUGCGACAAUUCUGAUUUUGGCGUGGUGGAUGACUUCACCUUCUCUGUGAUGUUCAAGAUUGUUGGGGAAUUUGGGGAGAUUUUGCUUGGGAAAAUGGUUCAUGGGAUGAGCUUGAAGAGUGGGUUGGUGUUGGAUACUGUGGCGGGGAAUUCAUUGAUGUCUAUGUACGAGAAAUGUGGAUGUUUUGAUGAUUCCUUGAAAGUGUUCGACGAAAUGCCUCUGAAGAAUGUGUCUUCUUGGAAUGCGUUGAUAUCUGGUUAUGCGAAGGGAAGUUGGAAUAGCUCUGUCUGUAGAUUGGGACUAUGGGACAUCGUGAGAGAAAUGCAGAUGGAAGGCUUGAAAUUCGACGCAUUUACCGUCUCCACGCUCCUUUCAUCAUGUGGUGGCAACGGUGAUCACGGAAGGGAGCUGCAUUGUUACAUCGUUAGAAACGAGUUGGAUUCGAGUUCUGCGCCGGGUGGCGACGUUCAUCUUGGAUGCUGUUUGAUUGAUAUGUACUCAAAGAAUGGUAAAGUUGAUGUGGGAAGAAGAGUUUUUGAUAGAAUGAAGUGGAUGAAUGUGUAUGCUUGGACUGCAAUAAUCAAUGGCUAUGCACAUUGUGGGAGAUUUGAUGAUGCAUUGUUUCUUUUCCGCAAAAUGCAGUGUAGAGAUGAUGACGGGCCAAACAAGGUGUCUCUUGUUGCUAUUUUGCCCGCUUGUAGUUCCAUUGCUGGUUUGAUGGGAGGUAAGCAGAUUCAUGGCUUUGCAGUUAGGAGGGAGUUGAAUCGCGACCUCUCUCUCUGCAACGCUUUGAUCGAUAUGUAUUCCAAAUGUGGGAGUUUGAGUUAUGCAGCUCAAGUGUUCGAACAUGAAUGCACUCAAAAGGAUGCAAUUUCCUGGAGUUCAAUCAUCUGUGGGUGCGGAUUACACGGCCAAGGUCAGAACGCGGUCAUUUUGUUUGAUAAGAUGCUUCAAGAUGGAAUCAAACCCGACACAACAGUAGUUGUUGGAGUUCUUUCUGCGUGCUCAAAGUCAGGAUUGAUACGCGAUGGGCUAAGAAUAUACGAUUCUGUUGUUACCGAUUACAAGAUCAAGCCUACAGUCGAGAUCUGUGCUUGUAUGGUUGAUAUGUUUGGUAAAUCAGGGCAACUUGAUAAAGCACUGGAUUUCAUCAAGAACAUGCUUGUUGAACCGAGUCCUAGCAUUUGGGGUGCUCUUUUAAGUGCUUCUGCACUCCAUGGAAACUCUGAAAUGCAGGAACUGGCCUACAAGUCCCUCAUCAUGAUGGAACCGGACAACUCCUCGAAUUAUGUCUCACUUUCUAAUUUAUACGCAUCUUCAAAGAGGUGGGACGUCGUGGCUGAAGUUAGGCAGGUCAUGAGAAGAAGAGGGUUGAGAAAAGUUCCUGGAUGUAGCUGGAUCAGCAUGAACGGUGCAGCUCAUAGUUUCGUCGUUGCUGACAAGUCACAUCCUUGCUCGAUCUCAAUUUAUGCGAUGCUAGAUGAACUAGUUUCAACAAUGAAGCUAACUUAUUAUAAUUUUGAUUUUGUGCAUUUGAUGGAGAUAUAGCUUGGAUGAUGCUGACUCUUAUGCGAAAAGCUGAUAUGCAUCGGAAAAUUUUCAGGAAGAUGUUACAAUGAUCAAAGAAAUAUACAGAAAUAUGGAUACACGAACGAUAUUGUCGCUUGUACGCAUCAGAGUCUUGAAGCAAUCGCAUCUUUACCAUGAGAUUUACAGGAUGUAGUUAUUGUAAACAGAUUUGUCUGCACAUAAGUGGACUUUUUUCUAGGAGAGAGAGGAUCAACAACAACAGAAUGAGAUAGUGAAAAUAUUGGUGUAUCCUUCCAGCCAACAAUGAGGGUGUUCCCAUUAAGGCCAAGUUUGCAAGAAUCGCGACAGUCGAACUUGUUAAGCACAGAAUUCGCAUGAUUGAGGGCUAGUUUGCUCAGCUCUGUCUCCUCCAUGCCAAACCUUGCAAAAGUCUCCCUCCAGAAAUUGAUGCCUACAAAUCUGAACUUCCUCUCCUCUUCCUCAGCUGCAACAAUGUGUCUUAUCGAAGGGCUAUAGAGUUUGGAUUCGACGUACGCUCUCGCUGCGAGAUCAUCCUUCAGACAAUACUGCAAGUAGUCAAAACCAGCGCCGAAGUAAAAGAGAGCUUCAACGAAGCGGUUGACAAAAACUGGAGAAUCAACAUUAGCUUCGACUUCAGUGAUGAUCAUCACGUGAGGGUCGAUGCUUCUGAUGACUGUCAUCAAGUUUUCAAGCUUUGGAAUCAUAAACCUCAAGGCGUGUGCUGCUUGAACGACGACUGUUUCUUCAGGAUCUAGGCGAAGCACACUCUGCUGAAGACUCAGGAUAUCCUCGAAGCUGAUCACGUGGAAAGAGAAGCUCAGAUUCAAGGACUUGGCCAAGUUUUCUAGUCGAGCACCUGCUUCCUCCUCGGUCAGAAGAUUCGACUGAGUUGCUACAGCAGUAAUCUUGAGAUGCUGAAGGGGACGUUCAGAGCUAGUAGCUAGAGCUUGCAUUAAGAUGGAGUGUCUUAGACCACCGUAGAGUCCAAAAUCGACAACAUGUACUUUUCUACGCGAUGAUAAGUGAUCUAGUACCGCUUGAACACCGGCAAACUGCAUAACCUGGUUGAAAUGUAAUUUUUCGAUGAAGGAAGCUGUGGCUGAGAUUGGAGGUAUGAGUUGUAGUGGCCUAGUAUUCACUGAUCCUCGUGUCUCAAUCUCGAUCUUGUCACGAAGAGAUUCAGCAAAGCAGUACACCAGACGUUGCAUCACAUUCGUCGAGCCAGAGCUCAGCUUGCUGAACUCCUUGAGGAGUUCACUUGCACAAGCAUAGCGGUGAUUGCACACUGCCCGAGCACACGACAGGAGAUCCUGCACGAGCCGAAUAUCUUCAGACUCGCCUCUGGAGAGGCUUGAAAAGGGGGUUUUAUCCUGAUGGAUGACAGCAGAGAGAUGGAAAUCAUUUCCAUUUUCAGAAUUGGAAUGGAUGAAGCUCCUCACGGCCAGCUCGAUCAGCUGACUAACCGACAGCAACGUUGGAGGGGAUGCCCGUUGGCUUUGUCUCUUUCCCUCAUCUCUCUCUAAUCCGCCAUCUGCUGCACCAGCUCUGCUUCUGUAGUGUCUCAGAAUCUCCAUGGCCGCGGAAGGAAAUGCAUACGGCCUCUUCUCUUCGUUUGGCUGCCAAUCUUGAGCCUUGUUGCUGGAAGGCGUCGCGAAAAAGCCAUCCCUACAAGCUUGAAAUGGUGGAGAAGCUUUGUCAAGAUACAGAUCAUCAAGAGCUCCAAAAUGAGCCAGGAUUUGUAGCUCUUCGUAAAAGAGCAGAUCAGACUCACAGAAGCUCUUGUCUUCUUGAAAGUAGUCGAGUUCACACUGGUAAGGAACGUCUUCCACUGAAUCUUGCAUAUAAUUUUCUCUCUCAAAAGCCUUGCUAGAACUAGACAUUUUUGUGACUUGAACAACUGUUUGAGAUAUUUGAAUUGUUUUUGAAAAUACACACAUCUCUUUUUAUAAGUAAGUUUACAGACUUCUCUUUCAAUUUAAAGACAACAAUAUGCUCCAAUUA